CACAAUUUGAGGUGAUGAAAAUUUUCCACGCGACAAAAUUUAUAGACAUAGAAUUAUAUCAUCUCCAAACUAGGUUAGAACGACGACACAUAUAUCAAUUAAAUUAUGUUUGGAAGUGAUACUUACUUGUUGUGUUUGGUUGGGGCCGUUCUGGUUUUGGUGUUGGUCGGAUCAUGCUCGGAGUCUGCUAAUACUAAUGAAACAGGCAACUUGAGAUCAUGUUCCGGCGAAAACCUAAAAGGAGUGGUGAAAAUGGGAGUUAUUGUUGAUAAUAGCUCAAGGCUGGGGAGGGAGCAGCUUGUGGCUAUUCAAAUGGCUUUUCAACAACAACAUGAUCAUCUUCAUUUUUCUAACUCAUGCCAGAAGUUUGAGCUCCUCCUCCGGAACUCACCCGACAACUCCGCUCAGGCAACCGCUACUGCUUUAAAUCUAAUCACGCACAAACAAGUGAAAGCCAUAUUGGGAACAUUAACAAGGGAGGAAGUAUCUUCAAUCUAUGAGAUCCACAAACCCUCCAAAAAUCUCCCAAUCAUAUCCUUAUCUUCAUCUUCCUUAUUACUGCCAAAUCCAAAAUCAAAUCGUCAGCUUUCAUCAUUUCUUCAAAUGGCUGAUGAUAUCACCCACCAAAUCCAUUGCAUUGCAGCCAUUGUUGGUGAAUUCCGAUGGCGAAGAGUCACCGCACUUUAUGAGAAAAAAAAUGAAGACUUUACCACCAAUAGUAUAGCCUGUUAAGAAAGUGCUUUAGGAUUGAAACAUGCUCAUGUGUGUUUAUCUUUGUUAAGUUAAUUUAGGCCAAUUUUGUUCCUAUUUCUUAGGAAUUAGUCAUUCAUGAUUUGUAAUCAUGGAGAAAGUCUAGGGUCAUGUUGAUUAGUGGAGAAAGUUUAGGGUCAUGAUGUUAGUGGAGAAAGUUUAGGGUCAUGAUGUUAGUGGGUAGUUAUUUUUAAGACUUUAAAUACUGUAUUUUUCUUUGAAUGUAAUUGAAAUGAAUUUGUCUUCAAUUUGCCAUUUCAAUAUUUAUUUUUACUCUAGAAAAUAACAUAGCCAUUUUAAAACUCCUAUCCGAUUCACUUCGAGAUGUCAAUUCAGAGAUUGAAAAUCAUAUUGGUUUCUCUUUAUCUGAUUCUAAAUUACUCAUGGAAGAGAAGCUCAUGAACCUUAGUAGUAAAAGCAAUAGAGUUUUCAUAUUGGUGCAAUCUUCAAUGGAAUUGGGUAUCAUUCUCUUCAAAAAAGCAAAAGAAUUAAACAUGAUGGCAGAUGGGUAUGUGUGGAUUGUUGGGGAUCAGAUUGCCAAUCUUAUGGACUCUUUAGAUUCCUCUAUUUUCCAUAACUUACAAGGCAUAAUUGGGUGUAGGAUUCACUAUGAAGAAACAAAAACGCGUUUCAAAAAAUUCAAAACGAAAUUCCGGAGGAAUUAUAUAUCUGAAUUCCCAGAUGAAGAAGGAGAAGCUAACCCAAGUAUCUUCGCACUUCGAGCAUACGACGCAUAUAAGGCAGCCAUUAUCAUGGCCUCCACCAACAAGAACUACAAUAGCAUGGAGGGCUAUUUGAAAUUUGAAGGAGUGAAUGGAGAGGUUAGCUUUAAAAGUUAUGAUGGCAUAUUAUCAAAAUUACCAAUGUUUGAGAUCAUUAACGUGGUAGGAAGAAGUUAUAAAGAGAUCGGAAAUUGGUCCCCGGAAAUUGGAUUUUCUGAAAAAGUAUCACAAAAAAGAAACACAAAUAAUAAUAAUAAUAAUAAUAAUAGCGACGUUAGUAGCAUGGAAAAUUUAUGGAGUAGUACAUUGUUGUGGCCAGGUGAGAGUAGAAGGGUACCCAGGGGAUGGGAUUUUAGGGAGGGAAAUAAAUUAGUAUUGAAAUUAGGGGUUCCAACCACGGCUACUUUUCAUGAUCUACUACAUGUGAAGUAUAAUAAUCAAACAGCUGAUGGAUCAGAUGGGCCUCAUUUCUCUGGAUAUUCCAUUACUGUGUUUAAAGCAGUUGUGGAUAAUUUGCCUUACGAGUUGCCUUACGAGUUGGUUCCUUAUAAUGGAAGUUAUGAUAGUUUGUUGAUAAAAGUGGGGAAGAAGGAGUUUGAUGGGGCCAUAGGAGACUUUGGAAUAGUUGCAUAUCGAUUUAAGUACGUGGAAUUUUCUGAGCCAUAUUUGGAAAAUGCAGCUGUGAUGAUAGUGAAAGAGAAGUCAAUGGAGUGGACUAAAUUAUGGCUUUUCAUGAGAGCUUUCACUCCAGAAAUGUGGCUCAUUAUGUUAUCCACGCAUUUGUUUGUUAGCUUUGUUAUUUGGUUGAUUGAGCGUGAACAUAAUGAUGCAUUGAAGGGAUUUGGAAACAUGCUAUGGUUCUCUGUGUCUGUCCUCUUCUAUGCUCAUAGGGAACCAAUAAAGGAGGGGUUGGCUCGAUUGGUGUUGGGGCCAUGGCUAUUCGGCAUACUCAUAGUAACAGCAAGUUUCACAGCCAGCCUAUCCUCCAUGAUGACAAUCACCAUGUCCAAACCAUGGGUUUAUGACAUUGAAACCCUUAAACUUAAGAAUGCGACAGUGGGAUGCACUACUAACUCUAUAUUGAUUCCAUUCUUAUCACAAGCUUCUAUUCCUCCACAGAAUGUCAAACAAAUACCUUCGUUGGAUUUGUUCCCAAAGGCAUUGGAAAAUGGAGACAUUCAAGCUGCCCUUUUCACAGCUCCACAUGCAAGAAUUUUCCUUGCUAAAUACUGCAAAGGUCUCACCAAACUCACCCUCUUCAAGCUCCUCGGCAUGGGUUUUGCUUUUCCAAAAGGAUCUCCCCUGACUUUGGACAUAUCGUUGUCAAUGGGCGAGCUGAUGGAAAGAAAAGAAAUGCCGGAUUUCGAGGCCACAUUGCUAUCUACGUAUAACUGCUCAAAUAAUAAUAUCGAUGGGUUGGGGUUAGGGCCUGGACCUUUUGCUGGGUUGUUUCUCAUUGCAGGUGUUGUUGCUUUCAUCGCAGUAUUAUUCACAGCGACUCGUCUCAUAUUGCUCAAAUAUGAAUACCCCACUUCUCCAUUAAAAACUUCCUUCCCUUCCCCCAAUUAAUUUGCUUUCAAAACAUUGUUGGGUGUCUAAUUUGGAUUUCAAAUAGCAAAGUAUUGGACUUACAAUGGCGUAUCGAAAGACGUCAUUGUGAUGGUUGUAACCCAAUAGUAAGAGAAGUGGACAAAACUUUAGGCUUUCUUGACGGAGGGUUUGGAUCACAAACAAUCCCUCCUAAUGUCUAGUCAAUAUAUAAAACAGUAACAUGUAUAGAUAUUAUCAUGACUUACUGUAUAGUACUCGUAAUAACUAAUUUAGUGGGGUCAAAUAUCCAAGUUGACCAUAAUCAAAUAUUCAUGAGGGACAUUUGAUGUGUAUUUUCAAUUGAAUUUCUUGUAUGUUCAUAUAUCUAUAUUUCCCUCCCUAUAACUAGGGGGGAAUCUCUCUUCCACCUACUUUCCCUUUUCAGCUUUCACUAAGUAAUCUAUGAAUAUCAAUAAACAUUCAACUUAUUUUUA